UGCAGCCCGAGGUGCGGCCGGGUGCGGCUCAUCCCUGCGUCCCCAUCUCCAGCGCAGUCCGGCCCCUGCCCAGAGCCGGGCUCCGGGUUUCACGAUGGCAGCCAAGCAGCCGCCCCCUCUCAUGAAGAAGCACAGCCAGACGGACCUCGUGAGCCGCCUGAAGACCCGCAAGAUCCUGGGCGUGGGCGGGGAGGACGACGACGGGGAGGUGCACCGCUCCAAGAUCAGCCAGGUCUUGGGCAACGAAAUCAAGUUUGCUGUUCGGGAGCCUUUGGGGCUCAGGGUCUGGCAGUUCGUUUCUGCUGUACUCUUCUCUGGCAUCGCCAUCAUGGCCCUCGCAGUCCCUGAUCAGCUCUACGAUGCUGUCUUCGAUGGAGUCCAGGUGACCAGCAAGACGCCCAUCCGCCUCUAUGGCGGUGCCCUCCUCAGCAUCUCCCUGAUCAUGUGGAACGCGCUCUACACGGCCGAGAAGGUGAUCAUCCGCUGGAGUCUGCUCACGGAAGCCUGCUACUUCACUGUCCAGUUCUUGGUGGUCACCGCCACGCUGGCCGAGACGGGCCUGGUGUCCCUGGGCGUCCUGCUGCUCCUGGCCAGCCGCCUCCUCUUCGUGGCCAUCAGCGUGUACUACUACUACCAAGUGGGCCGGAAGCCCAAGAAAGUCUAGAGGCCCGGCCCGAGCCUCAAUUUCCUUUCGGUUCCUGGAAGGCAGGAGAGGCCGCGCCCCUGAGUGGGGGGCUCCCCACCCAGGCACUCCCCAUGCCCCCACCUCCUGGGUUUCAGGUUGGAGAGCUGGAGGGGGGCAAGUGGGGACCUCCACACCCCAUUCUUCACCCAGGCUGUGACGCUGCCUUUGUGGGGUGUCUUGGGCACACUGCAGCGGGCCGAGGGGCCCCUCUCCCCAGAGGCGAGACUGCCUCCCUCUGCGCCUCCCCCCCAGCCCGCCUCAUGCCGAGCUACUGACCUUGGCUUUUGUCUGUGCUGGAAACCCUGAGAACUUGACCCUCUGCCCCUGCUAAUCUCUGUGGGUCUUCCCCCGAGAUGUGGGUCCCUUAGAUAUACUCCCACUCCCUUCCCUGCAGUUAAGUCUGGGCUGGGUUGGAGCUGGCCCGUGAUUGGCAGCCUUCUGGGGGCUGGGUUGAAGCUGGCCUGUGAUUGGCAGCCUUCUGGGGGCUGGAUUGGAGCUGGCCCGUGAUUGGCAGCCUUCCUGGGUUGGAGCUGGCCCGUGAUUGGCAGCUUUCCUGGGGGCUGGGUUGGAGCUGGCCCCUGAUAGGCAGUUUUCACGGGGUCUGGGUUGGAGCUGGCCUGUGAUUGGCAGCCUUCUGGGGGCUGGGUUGGCGCUGGCCCGUGAUUGGCCACCUUCCUGGGUUCGAGCUGGCCCGUGAUUGGCAGCUUCCCUGGGAGGCGGGUGACUGGCCCUGCCGUGCCUGAUCCCCUUCCAGCAGUCUUACUCGUGGUGAUCACCCAGCUCGUGGACAUCCCAGGCCCUCCCUCCCCUCCUUUCAGAGCUGCCAGCCCUUACUGAUGGCACAGUUAACUAGGGGCGAAGGGUGGCGGGGGUUGGAGAUGAGGAAGCACAUUUUUUUUUUAUCCUUUGGCAGGCCUGCGGGGUCCUGUGCCCAUGUAGCCCAGCCCCCUCACCACCCCAUCCCCGAACUGCCCCCCUGAACCUGCAGCCGGGUGGUCCCCAAGGCCUGGGGCUGGGCUGAGUAGGACCAGGACGCCCAUCCAGCCCAGGAGGGAGAGACUGAAACUCAGGACUGCAGCAGGUGGCAGCUGCCUUCAUGCCCUGCCCAGGCCUUGGGGUGGCCCCCGGUGCCCUCCCCGGGACCUGCCCUGCCCGCUGGCACCCAGCCUCUGUGGAAGCAGCCCCAGGCCCUGGGCAGGAAGAGGCUGGAGGGGGCAGGCUGUGGGGGCCACCCCCUUACCACGUGCAUAGGCGGGCACUGGACAGGGGCCAGUCCAGUGCCCCUGGCUGAGAGAAGGGAUCCUGAUGCUCAGGCAGGCCCGGCUCGCCCCUCUCUGGCCACGGAAGGGGUCCCCUCUCCCCACAGCCACACCUGCUGCCAGGAGGGAUGGCGCUGAAGGCCUGGGUAGUGCCCCCGACAUGCUAAACUUCUGUUCGAUCUGCACCCCAGAACCUUAGGUGGCUGACGGACCUGAACACUUCCUCCCAAAGGCACUGGACAGAGGCUGGACGCCCAGGGGGAGACGGGAAGGGACUGGGGUGCCAGCAGCCUGGGCCCAGCGGGGUGGGUGAAAUCCUGUCCUGGUGAGACAGUGAUGCCCUCAGUUUCCCCGUGACGAAGGCCCUCGAGGCCCGCCCACCCACCCAAAGGCCCCAGCACGGCCCCUCCAGCUUGCCGGCGCAUUCCCCUCCUCUGCCUCUGAAUCAAGACCACCCCUCUUCAUACCACUAUUUAUUCCUCAUUCCUUUCUCUCUCUUUUGUAAGAAACAGUCACAAAAAACAGUGCGAAACCA